ACUGUAAACAAUCCAAAAUGGCUGCAUGGAUAUGGAAAGCUUUGUUGUUUUGUGCGAUCACAGUUUACGUCAAGUGCGGUGAUCCUUAUGAAGAAUUUACACAGUUUAAAAAAGAGUACACUCUGCCAUCCCUUCCUUACUCGUACGAUGGRCUUGAGCCAUACAUUGACGAAGCAACACUUCGAGUACACCAUCUUGGCCACCACGCUGGCUAUACCAAAAAGAUGAACGCUGCCCUAGCAGAUUGGAGAGAAUCGGGCCAAAGACCAGACCUUGCAUCCAAAUCAAUUCUAGAAAUACUUAAGAAUAUUCACGAAGUUCCUGAAAACUGGAAAGAAGCAAUAAGAAAUAAUGGUGGCGGGUUUGUUAAUCAUGCAUUUUAUUGGGCUGUAAUGUCACCUAACAAAGCAAAAGAACCGAGACUUCCAACAGGAAAAAUAGCUCAAUUAAUUGAURCAACAUAUGGAAACUUUAGCUCAUUCAAGAGGUGGUUUGACAAUGAAGCAAUUUCACUGUUUGGUUCUGGAUAUACAUGGCUAUGUCAAGAUGUUACAUCCGGGUUUCUAAGUAUGCUGAAUAUGAUAAAUCAAGAAUCACCCGUGACAUACAAGCUCAACCCAGUUCUUGUUAUUGAUAUCUGGGAACAUGCAUAUUAUCUCAAGCAUCAAAAUAAACGARCAGGUUAUUUAGAAAACUGGUGGAAAGUCGUUGAYUGGGAUAAAGUCAAUCAAUUGUUGGAGUGGUGGGAAAAGCAAAAACCUCAUGAUGAACUUUGAAGAAUUCUUGUACAUCAAACACAGUUAUUAUAGUUAGCUUAUUACCUCUUGUAAUUAGGGCAAUAAUAGUGUCAGCCAUAACCAUCAAUGAAUAGUCCACSUCUAAAGGAACAAAUCUACCAUCAUGURAAAUAGUAAUAUUUUUGAGUAUUAAAAAUKAUGUUUUCUGYGUGCUAUUCA